AUCAAUAACUAGGGUAGGGCCUGUUUUUCAUCAAUAACUAGGGUUGGGCCUGUUUUUCAUCAAUAACUAGGGUUGGGCCUGUUUUUCAUCAAUAACUAGGCUAGGACCUGUUUUUCAUCAAUAACUAGGCUAGGACCUGUUUUUUAUCAAUAACUAGGAUAAGACCUGUUUUAGGUUAGGGCCAGGUAGGGCCUUUUUUUCAUCAAUAGCUAGGGUAGGGCCUGUUUUUCAUCAAUAGCUACGGUACGGGCAGGGCUUGGGUAUCACUAAAUUGAUCAUUAACAUUUUGAAGCUAAGCCACUUGUUCGUGCUCUGUUGCACAGUACAGCCAUAUCUGACUAAGAUCAAAACAAGGUGUCAGAAGUGCUUCAACCUCGUCAAAAAGUCAGGAGAGAUUAUUUCACAGAAAAUAAUAAAUGUUCAUUGAGUUUUGUUGGAUUUUAGAGUGCCGAAAAGUAGCUAACUGCUCUCACGUCUCUACAGUGAGCAGAGCAGCCCAAGCGUAGCCGUUGCUAUGGAUACGUACAGACUCAGAGCCGUCAUGAGCGUGUGUGACAGACAGAGAGGAGCAGCCAAUGCGUUUACUAAUGGAGGAGGUUGUUUCUGGUUUCGGGCAGGGCCAGGCCUUCAAUUUGGCAGAAGCAAUUGGGCCUCUGGGUAGACUAAUCAAAUGCAUAGCUGGAGCCCUAAGCUGGAUAGAAUUUAUUUGAUACAUCUUAGAUUAAUACACUGAAAAAAAAUAUAAACGCAACAAUUUCAACAAAUUUACUGAGUUCCUUUGAAUAUAGCCAAAGGGAGCGUGAUGAGAUAAUUGUAUCGUAGUCACUUUUUGACAUGCCGGGGGGGGGUGGUAAUUCUGACCUCUCGAAAGAACUGUUACAUUUAUCUGAGUGCCAGACGAGAACACAUUUACAUAUAGUCACUCUUAGUGAUUAUGUGCGUCAAGGCAUUAUUCCACGGGGACUCAGGUGGCAAAAAGACCCAUCAUUGGGACAGCGCACAGAUGAUUUCUGUGAGCGUUGGUGUGCCAUCCUGAACAAAUGCUCUAUUGGUUUAAUGACAUUAAUUGUUGACCCGUUGAAAAAUGAUUUUAUUGAAAUGGAUAACACGAUUGAAGAGAAACGCACAGCUCUGCAAGGAGCUGUUAAUGAUGAUGGCAUAUUUAAUGAACUGAUGAAAACUAACUAUGCGCUCCAGAACAAGUUGUCCACAGAAUUAAAGGAACUUAAAAUCAAGAAAUUCAACCAAGACGAAAAAGGCAAGGCUGAGGACAAAGUGGACUUCUGGAGAAACCCUGACAAGGGAGGUCCUGCUCCUCGUCUCCAUGGCAGACGCAGGAUCCACCCCCGUCUGAUCAACGCUCUACAACCAGCGCCUCAUCGGCUUCCACUGUCAGUUUUUCAUCCAACGAGAGACUGGGCCGACGGAAGGGCUGAGGUGACCGGGGGCACACGCACCGAUGAGAUGCCGCACCCGACGGGAAAUGGACAAGGUAUAUACCACUACAACGACACAGGUUCCAGGUACAUGGGCACGUGGGUGAUGGGAAAGAUGGAGUCAGCAGGAGAAUUCAUCCACCUGAACCACAGAUACCAGGGCAACUUCCUCAACAACAACCCAUCAGGCCCAGGGAAGUAUGUGUUUGAAAUUGGCUGUGAGCAGCAUGGAGAAUACCUACAGGUGGAUCAGCCUGCAUCAGAUGAGGAGAAUGGUAAACAUAGGAAAGCCCAGAAGUCCAGGUCUCCCUACCCUGGCCAUGGGGAGGGCUAUUUCUCCAUAGGGGCUUCAGGAGAGGAGGACAGAGGGGAUGCCGAGGAGGAUGAGAUAGUAUCCACCAUGGUCCUAAAGUGGAAGCCCAAGGCUGUCACGGGCCUGUCCCUCUGGACCCCAGCCAAAGAUCCAUCCUCGGACGGAGAAGGACUGGCCUCCGCAGACGAGAAAGGGGGAUCUAAACCUCCCACUCCAGACACCUGAGACCUUGCCAGAUUCGCACAGCAAACACACAUUUCAAUAAUAAAGACAUCUCUCUCAUAA